CAUCAUGCUUGAAUCACAUACCGUGCAAAUCUUUGGUACUGUGCUUCUAAUAGCUGUCCUUCUGCAAUCUGCGUGUAUAGCUGUAACUUUCUUUUACUUCAGAAAUGAACUAAGCAAGAUUAAGUGCCACCAUUGCAAACCUGGAGUACUAGCGUAAACAGAGAUGAUACCGCCACCUGUGCAAAGUGAGAUGACCAGAAGAAGGAUUCAAAGAAACUAUCUAGAGCUGGAGAAAGAUGUGCCUGGAGCUUACAUCAGCCUUCUUAAAUGUUAUGUGGAAGUCAGAAUCACAGCACUGAUCCAGAGUAUUCACCUACAGUGGCAGGACACACUUUCCAGGCACAGUAUUGCCUGUCUUACAGGAGAAACAUUAGGAUCAUACAUAGGGGCCUUGAAAGCAGGUAAAGACAGAUCAGUGGACCUGGAGGAGGACCCUUGUGGACAAGUCAGAUUGCAUCUGCAGUACCUAACAGAAAAGAUAAUGACAGAGCACUAUGGGAAACAACUUGAUGCUGCUGUGAAAGGUGAAGUUUCCCGAAUUCUUCCGUAUUUAUCGACUGAAGUGCAAACACCCUCACUGUCACUGCCACAAACUAGAAUUGCAGCCCAUGUAACUGGAAGUCAGACUAAAGAAGAAGGAAAUGUAGAAAAAAAUAAGAAAAUGAAAAUGUUUGGCCAAAAAAUCGAAACAUGGGAAAAAGACAGAGGACUGGCAUUUCUACAGAAUAUUGAAUUAAAAAAUGGUGAGUUGGUUAUUCCCAGAGCUGGACUUUAUUACAUCUACUCUCAAACUUAUUUUCGUUAUAUUGAACUCAAAGAAAGUGAUGAUUCUGGUAAACCAAUAUAUAAGCAAAUGGUGCAAUAUAUUUACAAAAUAACAACAUACCCAGACCCUAUACUUCUCAUGAAAAGUGCGAAGACUACCUGCUGGUCUAAGAAUGCUGAAUAUGGACUUUAUUCAAUAUAUCAGGGUGGAGUAUUUGAAAUGAAGCAGAAUGACAGGAUUUUUGUCUCACUCAGUAAUGUUGAGGUAACUAAUAUGGAUGAGACAUCCAGUUACUUUGGAGCAUUUCUUAUAAGCUGAACUGCUAACAACAACAACAAUGAAACACUUAAGAAUUUUGUUUGAACAGAAAGCAUGACGACAGAGGCACUAUGAUAAACCCCUGAGCUGUAACAAAAUGCUGUUUUCAUCUCUUUGUACUGUAUGUGGGACACAUGUUAUACAUGAUCUGUUGCAGUUUAUUCAUCAAGACUGCCACAGCACCACUGUGCCAGUCAGCUGUCUAGUCAGUGCAAAGCUGAUUAACAACAAAUUGUUGUGAUGACAAUUGAAAUACAUCCUUUAGUUCAACAUUAUAUGAACAAUAGAGACAAUGGCUUCAUAUUCACCACAGAAGCAUCACUGGAAAUACAGAAUUUGUAAAUACAGCUCCAGAGAGCCCACUAAAAUCUUCUUCAUUUCUGCAAAGUGUUUUUCUAGGAACAUGUACACCCUGAACUGUCAACACUAAUUUUCACUUGUCAAGUACAAACAAAAACGCAGGUAAAACAGUUUCCAGAAUGUUAAGGCUGGGAUAUGGUUUAAAGAAAAACAUACCACAGAAACACACAAAAGGUUUAAAUCUUAAUGUUUUAUAACAGGAAGAGAGCUCAUUUCUGAAAUGGAAUAUAUGACAUUUUAUAUUGAGAUUAGCAUUGACAGCGCUAGUAGCUACAGUGUAGCAGAAUGUUUUUUUACACAAGUUUGAAACAGAUUAUUGUUUUUAGCUCUGUGCAAAGGAUGCUAAGGAUGAAGCAGCCAGGUAAGAGGAAAAGAGGAAGGCCUAAGAUAAGGUUUAUGGAAGUGGUGAGAGAGGACAUGCAGGUGGUUGGUGUGACAGAGCAAGAUGCAGAGGAUAGGAAGAAAUGGAAACAGAUGAUCCACUGUGGCGACCCCUAACGGGAACAGCCAAAAGAAAAAGAAGAAGCUCUAGCAACUGUACAUCUGCAAUUUCCCUCUCUUCCUGUUCAACUGAUGUACUGGACCAGGGCCAUUACUUCUCAGAUUUGCCAUACAGAGGUUUGUUUAAUCAGAGGAGCUAGAAAAUGGAAUGGAGGAGAAUGCUCUAUAACGUUAUUGUGGUUAUUAAUGCCUGCACACAUUUUUGUUAUGUGCAUUAUUCCCUUAAAUGUUUGUCAGGGGUGUGCAAGUGAGUACUGGGAAACAGAUGCCUGCCUCUGUGGUGGCUCCUCAGUUGUUCUGCUGACACCUUUGUCACCAGCCAACAUCUUCAUCAGGAGCACCCCAGCAUACUCUCUACGUGAUACCUCUCCCACAUUUGGCUCUUCCUUUAGCCAAACCACUAAAAGCUUAAAUGGGUUACAGUAAACUGUUUAUCUGUACAUACCAUGAAGUUGUCAAAAGUGUAGCAGGAUAUGAAUUCAGAAGUGUAGCAGAAUAUUAAUUUUUCCCUGGAGACAGAUAAAAUGUUAGUCUUUUUUGAAGCAGCUAAUAAUGAAAAAUAUCUCAUUCUUUUGUAUAUUCAAGGAUAUCAGAUAUAUCUAACAUGUCUAUUUGAUCCUAUAUACUCUCAGAAAAUGAAUAAAAUCUGAAGUCAGAUGACACUUUGAUAAAAUAUAGGAAACUUCAAGUUCUCCCAAGUUGUUGUUGUCUUUCGGCCUUUCCCGGUUAGGGGACGCCACAGCGGAACUCUGGUCUGCUAAUGAUUGGCAGUAGAUUUUCACGAAUGCCAAGGUGCCAGCUCGAUGUUCAAC